CUGUUCAGAGUCAUGGAUGCUGAAUUCAAUGGAACAUUUAUAAAUCUUGGUGGCUUUAUAGAAAUGGACAAGUAUAGAUAUCUUUACUUUGUCAUCUUCUUGACAUUAUAUAUUAUCAUCCUCUGCACUAACGGCACCAUUUUAUGUCUAAUCUGGAUUCACAGGGACCUUCAUGAGCCUAUGUACAUUUUCAUUGCUGCUUUGUCAUUCAACUCUCUCUUGUUUAGCACUGCUUUCUACCCAAAACUUUUCAUUGAUGUUUUAUCUCAAAAACAGAUAAUUUCUCAUUCUGCUUGUCUGUUUCAAUAUCAUCUUUACUAUUCAUUAGGUAUUUCAGACUUCUUACUGUUGUCAGCCAUGGCUUAUGACAGGUAUGUGUCUAUCUGCAAACCUCUGCAUUAUCCAACUAUCAUGGGGAAAAGAACUGUUAUUGUCCUCUUGUCUUUGGCCUGGUUACUACCUGCAUGUGAGCUUGCAGUGGCAACUGUGGUUAGUUCUCAACAAAAACUCUGUGAUUUUACAACAAAAGGAAUUUUUUGUAACAAUACAUUUUUCAAGCUUCACUGUGUAAAAUCAAAAUUCCUUGAUAUUUAUGGUUUGCUUAUCAUGAUAAAUGCUGUGGUUGUUCCUGUGAUGUUCAUAUUUUUUACGUACAUAAAGAUAUUCAUAAUAACUUAUCACAGUUGUGUAGAAGUGAGAAAAAAAGCUGCAGAGACAUGUUUACCUCACCUAAUGGUUUUAUUCAUUUUCCUUUGUUUAGUUUUAUUUGAUGUGAUCAUAGCUCGAAUGGAAUUACAUAUUCCAAAAGGUGUACAGUUAAUAAUGACUUUACAAAUACUUGUGUACAGUCCUCUGUUCAAUCCAAUCAUAUAUGGAGUGAAAAUGAAGGAAAUCUGGAAACACAUCAAGAGAUUGUUUUGUCUGGUAAACAAAAUAAUAUGA